AUGUAUGCUCGAUUCAAUUCAAAAGUGCUCUUUCUGGGUUUUUUCACGAUCUUUAACAUUGGUUCUGCGAUCUGUGGCGCAGCACAGUCGUCAGCUAUGCUGAUUCUCGGACGAUUUGUUGCGGGAUUGGGUGGUGCCGGCCUCAUGAAUGGAGGUUUUACGAUGAUUCACGCGUCGAUACCCCCGGCACGACGGCCUAGCAUGCUUGGAUACUUCAUGGCAUUCGGCAAUCUAGGCUCUGCUAGUGGACCUCUCAUAGGAGGAGCCAUCACAGACUUCGUAUCCUGGCGUUGGUGCUUCUACAUCAAUCUUCCCGCCGGUGCUCUCGUUUUCGUUGCUCUUUUGUUUCUGGAUAUCCCUGAGCCACUUGUCAAACCUCACUGGAAGGAAGUUCUGAAACACCCCAUGCAAGAAUUUGACCUGAUUGGGUUCGGAUUAUUCGGCCCUGCUGCGAUCAUGCUUUUCCUUGUCCUAGACUUUGGCGGCAAUCGCUUCCCUUGGGACAGUCCAGAAGUCAUUGGCCUGUUCUGCGGAGCUGGCGCUAUGUUUGCGAUAUUCUGCCUGUGGAACUACCGGAAGGGCGUCUCUGCUCUCAUACCGGUCUCAAUGCUGGGUAGGCGAGUUGUCUGGUCAAGCUGCGCGACAAUUUUCAUUAUCUCUGGUACGGUGUUUGUCACCGCAUAUUACCUACCGCUAUACUUUCAAGGUGUCAAGGCCGACACCCCAUUUGAAAGCGGCUACAAUUUCCUACCGACAAUUCUGACGCAAGUCGUCUUUACUCUUCUCAGCGGAAGACUGGGUGCGCCUCUUCCCCAUUCACAGAAUGCAUGUGACUGA